GAUUGUUAUGGCCUGCAGACAAGAUGGCCGCGGACUGUGAACCGUAAUAGUUCUCACAGUUAUUAUUUUCUGAUGAAAUUAGCUCGUAUUUGAAAGUUCCUGACAGACAUGGGUUUAUCACAGAGUUCAGAGGUAUCCGAAGGAGGGACAUAUGGAUACCACGUGCACGGCGUGCAGCCGAAUUCCCCCGCAGAAAUGGCCGGACUGCAGCCCUUCUUUGACUUCAUCCUGUCCCUGGACAACAAAAGACUUAAUGAGGAGAAUGACCUGCUGAAGGAGCUUCUGAAAGCCAACAUGGAGAGAGCGGUGAAGAUGGAGGUGUACAGCACUAAAACCACGAGAGUCCGGGAGCUGGAGGUGGUGCCCAGUAACAUGUGGGGAGGACAGGGCCUGCUGGGUGCCAGCGUUCGCUUCUGCAGCUACCAAGGAGCCAAUGAGAAUGUCUGGCACGUUCUGGAUGUGGAACCCAGUUCACCUGCUGCACUGGCAGAGCUCCAGCCACACAGCGACUACAUCGUCGGAGCAGAUCAAGUGUUGCAAGAUUCAGAAGACUUCUUCUCGCUGAUUGAGGCCCAUGAAGGGAAGCCGCUGAAGCUGCUGGUGUACAACAUACAGACAGACGCCUGCAGAGAGGUGGUGGUCACGCCAAAUGGAGCGUGGGGCGGAGAGGGCAGUUUGGGUUGUGGCAUUGGUUAUGGCUACUUGCACCGAAUCCCGGCACAUCCCGAUGUAUCGACGCCAAAGCCACCCACCCCUGUUCCUGUGGAGGAACCCUCUCCAGAGCUUCCGGAGCUGCCAACUCAUGGAUACAUGGAGGCACCUUUGAUGGCACCUUCAAGUCCAAGUGAGGACUUGUUAGACCUGGAGCAGGUCACCCUCCAGGAAUCUUCUCUGCCUCCACCAAUCCAGAGGGUCAUGGACCCCGGUUUCUCAGACUCUGAAGUGGCAGUGAUAAAUCCCGAUCCUGCAGAUUUGAUGGACAGACUGGAUCUGUCCAUGUCGUCCAUCGACAUGACCAACACUGCACUGGCCAUGCAUGAGGAGAAGGAGGGUGACAUCUCUGGUGUUGAGGAGCUGGAGGACAGUGUGCUGCUUUCAUCAUCAGCAGACAGCCAGACACACGAGCUGAGCUCCCAGGCAGCCAUGGACCUCACCUCUGCUCUCGCUUCCACCGACAUGUCCGAUUCAGGCAUCCCACCAGCUGAACCAUCUCACCUGCUCACAGAGUCCACAGACCCGCCCGGCUCUCUGUGUGAGCCCGGUGAUAGCCCCAGUCCCCCCGUGUCUCUCCCUGUAGAGUCUUUAGAGCCUCCUGCUGAGCCCUCUGUCCCAGCUGAAGACCCUCCUCGCCAUUCUUCCAUCGACCUCCUCCAGUCCUCUGCUGGUGAGGAGUCGAUGGCAGACGAUUCUCCUGCUCAGGCCAUCGAGGAAGCGCCGGCGCCGGCUGAGGAACCUGCAGAGCCUCUAGAGCCUCUAGACGUGGCUCCUGCUCAUCACUGCAGCCAUGAGAUUGACGAGGAGAAACCAGAAGAAGAGCCGCCUCUUGAGUAAGCUCGCAUCAGGCCAUACACAACGUACAAGAAUGCAAAGUGAAGCUGACAAUCAAUUGUUAAAGAAACACUAUAGGAGGUACAGGACAGAUCGAGGGAGAAGCAGUCUGAGCUGAUGCUGAUAAUCUGAAGCCCAGUUCAGACCAGAGGAAAACGUUUUAGAGUGUUGCAGGAAAAAGUUGUAGCAGCGUGAACCGGCCCAUCUCAGCGCAGGGCGGAGGACAGAGAGCAUCACCUCAUCAGUGGUUUAUAGUGUAUGUUUCUCUCAGUAUCUAAAGGCUGUAGCUCACCUGUCGUCAGGAAGGGCAGCGUCAUCAUCAGCCUGGCGAAAUGUUGUCUCCAUAGUUAGUGAUUUCUCUGCUGAUCAGAGGUGACACCAGCUCCUUUCAAAUGGCUGAGUGUUUUGACGGGAACGGGAAUCAACGAGAGAAAUUGACAAAAAAGGGGAAACCUCAUGUCGAUUGUAGGUGUUUGGUGAUCAAAAUAUUUUUAGAAAUUGAGAGUAAUAUUUUAAUUUGAUGUUCUAACAUUUUAAUACCUUGACUGAUGUCUCCUGCGCCUGCUGGAAUAGGAGAGCAACUUUAGGCCCUGAUCACACAGAAAGCGUUUUAGCAGCUGGAUGCAGCUUUUUGCGAUUGUUUCUUAUGAGAAUGAAGCUUUUUACUCGCUGUUUUACGUUGCAACACACCUUGUGUUUCUGCACUCUGGGCACCUGGUGUUUUUGCCAGGGCGCUCUGAACUCCUUGUGUUGAAAAAACGUCAACUCAGAACAGAAAAGCGCCCCACGUCAUCCCUUUUUUUACGUCAUGUUUUUUCCUAUUGUCCAAUCGGAUGAUUUGAGAGGCGGACCUUCUGUGGUAGUCACGACAACAAGUUUACAGUUGAUAAACAAUGGAGGAGAAACUGGUGGUAGUGGUUGCUGGAUACCCAGAGCUAUACGGCCCGAUGAUAGACAGCAGGUUGUCAAACUGCCCCCGAGUCAUCCUAAAAUAUGCCUGGAGACAUCCAUCAUGGAGGUGAAGCUCCUGGACCAACUGGUGGUACUCCUCGUGAUCCACCCUCUUUUUUAGGGUCUCAUGUACCCACACAGAUCUGUUUGUAGGGGGUGAUGGGGUGGUUACAAUAAAAAAAGCCCGGCAAGCUUAUUUAUUUUUUUCAUUUUUUUUACUAGUGGCAUUCAGUAAAAAAAAGAAGGCAGUGCUGUGCGCCAUGUGUUCUGCAACAUACAAAACGCUUUCUGUAUGAUCGGGGCUCAAUAUUAAAAUAAAUUGUAUUUUCUGAAUUACCUUAAUUUUAAAACGUACGUUUCACGUGUCUUUAAAUUACUUUAAACAUGCUGCCUGAACGAAUUACUUGAACAUUAAGUGGUUAUUUCAGGAUUUGUUGUUUCGGGCGGGGUUGUGGAUCUUGUGUCGGCAUGUUGGGUUGCAGAAUUAAUUGGUCGUAUGUGUAGGUGGUGGGUCUUGAAGAUCAGACCCAUACAGGAGUGUGUUUUUAUGUUUUCGCUGUGUCAUCACUACUACAAAUGCAGCUGUAGCAAAUAUCUGACUAUCACAAUCCUGAUUAAUAUUUGUAGGAGCUAAAAAUUAUAUUCAAAAAGCCUGAAAAGCCAAAUAUUGCAAUGUAAGUACGGAGAGUCGCUGCUAUGGAGACCAUACACGAUCUUGUCUGAUCUUCAGUCUGAACUGGGCUUUACAUUAAGCACAAGGCUCCUCAAUCAGAUUAGUUACACUACAGAAACCAGCUUAUAAGUAGGAAGAUGCCUCGAGGCGCUGUAGGAAUAUCCUGUUUGUUUUAUAUGUGUAGGAAUAUGUGAGAAUAUAAAGUUACUGCGACUUUGUUCACCAAGAAGGUCACAAUGUUGACACUUUUUCCAUGCUUGGUGCAAAAUUAGAUCAUACGGGUGACGAGACUUUGCUUCUGGAACACUGAUGUGAUGAAUACUUGAACUCCUCCAAAGAUAAACACGUACAGCAAAGCUCAUUAAUGCACCUUAAUUAAUAUCCACGACACUACAAAAGUUUUAAAGCUACCAGACUGUCACAGUCUUGGGGUGCAGUGCUGCAUCUGUUGUCGAUGUGUUUCAAAGAAGCAAAUCAAGAGUCCCAAAUUUUUAAGAAAUAGCUAAAUUAUAAAUUAUAAGAGGGAAACUUUUACAGUAGUUUAUGACCCAUGUGUUGGAUUUUUAAGUGUUGGUACUAUAAGGGAGAUAUUUGUCUUGUGCUGCAUCACACCUGUCAGUACAUGCUUUUACUUAAAGGUCCAGUGUGUUGGAUUCAGGGGGACGAAUUGACAGACACUGAAUAUAACGAUCAGUUUUCUUUAGUUUAUAAUCACCUUAAAACAAGAAUAGCUGUGUUUUUGUUACCUUAGAAUGAGCCGUUUAUAUCUACAAAGGGAGCAGGUCCUCGUCUUCGGGGUCCGCCAUGUUUCUACAGUAGCCCAGAGCAGACAAACCAAACACUAACUCCAGAUAGGGACAUUGGUGUUUUAGUGUCGGCAACCAGCCCCUUUGUGAUGAGAUAGUGGAGAAACACCAGGUUUUUGUUUUUUUUUUACAGUGAAACUGUUUUAUUCAGUGUUCUUAGCAGUUUAAAUCACCGGGUCCAUUUGUUUUGGAGAGGAAGAGACCUCUGCGGAUAAUUCAGCUCCCUGUAAACACCUCCUGAACAUCUGGGGUCUCAUUUAUAAAUAUUGCAGACGUACAAAUCAAGGCCUGAAAGAGGUGUACGCCACUUAGCACGCAAAAGUUGUGAUCUAUAAAAACAGACUUGCUAGGAGAAUUUUUGACCCAUACGUACAAACAUUUUGGAGACAGGAAAUUGGCACAUGGUGAGGUGAAAGCCUGGCUGGAGAAAAUGUCAAGUAUUUUUUGGCGCUCGCCGUUGUUGGCUUUCAUCUGUGCGUGCAUUUUUAGUAUGGAUCCUAUGCACUGUUUCAUAAAUAAGACCCCCGGAUCUUAAAUUAUCAGAGAAAAAAGGUGAGCACACAUUAGCAGUAACAUGAAACUGCUUCUUUCAGUGUUUCUGUUUCAAUCACCAGAGGUCUGUACUACGAAGCUGUAUUUGGGGUUAGCAAGGUGACUUCAGGGUUAACGCUGGGUUUUUAGUUCUAUGAAGCUGGUUCACUUUUUACCGGCAUAAAUUACCAUGGUAACUAAUGCUGAACUGGUUAACUACAGAUUAUCUGAUCACUACCUGUCAACACCUCUGUCAUAUCAGUCACACAAAAAAACGUAUCUCGACAAGGAAGAAAUUCCGGAGUGACAGGUAGAAAUAUAUUUUCUGUAUUUUCCUUCCCCCGUCUGUCUGACGGAAAUGUUGCGUUUAUAAUAACAGGAGCUAAUUAACAGUGUGGGGAUUAUUUUACUGAUAAAAUGUUAUGUUUUAUCCCAGUUCUCAUCACACAGGUGUCUCGUGUUAUUUCGAGCUGCAGUGAUGAAUCAGUGUCAAAUAUCAACACUGUCACUGCGGACUAAAAUAAACUUUGCAUAAGUUAUAAAUCAUGUGUUUAGUGUGUAAACAAUCUAUGUGUUUGUUAAAAGCUCUGUUUAUAAAACCAGUGGAAAUAGAGCCCUGGAACAAUGAAAUGACCUACUAUUACUACUGACCUAUAACUAUAUAUGGGUUAUGCUUUAAUUUUUACCCGAGACUCUGGACUUUUGUCCAUUGAUACUUUUUUCUACAGUGAUCUGAUUGGUCAGAGGUCGGGAUGUUGAAGGGCUGUGAUCUGACACUCCGAAGUUAACCUGCUCUGGAGCAAGUUAGCUGUUCAGCAUCAGUUACCAUGGUGAUUUAUCCCAGUGAAAAGAGAACCAGCUUCAUAGUGCUGAAAACCCAGUGUUAACACUUAAGUUACCUCGCUAACUCCAAAUCCUGCUUCAUAGUACAGGCCUCUGGUUUGUUAGUACUCUGCCGAAUAUUCGGCUCGUUGACGUUGAAGGAGUUCUAACCUGGUGAAGUUUCGGCUGGUUGCAAUCCCCACCGCUAGGCUCCACUAAAUCCCCCUCAAUCUUCCACACUGAACCUCGAGAUCUGAUGAGGUCAGAACAGUUUUUUAUUUGAUGUAUUCAGCCUGUGAGCUGUUUGAAAUCUGCUUGUAUCACCUGAAUCAUGUCCCCACGUCUCAUUCAACUCUAUUCUUACGUAAUUUUUGUGAUCUAUGCAACGUGUAAAUCUAGUAGAUGACUUUUCAUAUACAGUACAUGUACGAACAGGGAUGCUGCUGUCGAGUAAUUUUGUUUUCUAGGGGGCUUCUUAAAAGUUUUUCACUGUCAAAGUAGGUGCUAGUGUGUAAAAUAAGGAAAAGUAUUUUUGCAGAUAUUUUAUCAAUUAAUUGUAUGUUUUAUUAGGAAUGAGUGCAGAGUCUUUUCAUGAAUGUGAAAUGGGUGAAUCUUUGAUGGUUAAACAAUCAUAUCACUUGACUUUAAAAAAAAAAAGAAAAAAGAAAAAGAAAUUGUUUCCCUUGUUUUUCUUAUUUCACACUCACCAGCUGAACACAUUUACAACUCAAGAAACAUUUAUAAUCCCCAUAAAUCUGUCAUUGUUAAACCAUUCCAAUUUAUUUCUUCGAAUGCCUAAAAUAUACAUAUUUCACAAAUUAUUACAACAAGGGAUAUUGCAGUGUUAUGGCCUAAUUAUGGUACCCAUCCUGUUUUUUUGGCCCGUUAGAGCUCACUCGCUGUGUCCCCACUAUGGCGUUACACACACUCUUCAUGGCAAAACUUAACUGCUGAAAAUUUACAAUGACCUGUUGUUCUGCUCGGUGACACACCAAGAGAGAAAUUACCGUUAAUAUUUUACUUUGGUGAAUUCCCCACAGUGGUUGAUUAUUCAUAUAUUCUCUCGGAUGAGAUUCCCCUUCAAGUUAUAUUCAUUGAACUCCUAUUAAAUCUAAAUGAAAUAUACAUUAGGAACAGCCCUCACUGUCAUCAAAGUCACAGCUCAUGACCCAAGCACAGAGCGAGUAAGCAUGAGUUAUUAUCAAAGAUAUAUACCUUAUAUAUAAUUUUCCCCAUUGCUAAGAUGACUUGGACGACUACUAACAUUCUUAAAGAGUAAAACUGCAAUUUCUGGGUUGUCGUGAAUAACAACAAAUGUGAUUUUUAACAUCCAAGUCAGAUUAACCGUCAUGACCAUGAAUGUGCUCUAGGGAUUUGGAAAAAUAACUUGGUUUUUAAGUAAACUGUACAACAACAAAAUAAAACCGAAAGAAAACAAAAGUCACUUAAAUCAAAAAUGUUGUACAUAUAUUUACAAAAAAAAAAGAACAUU